AUGGAGGCGCACGCGGAGCCCGCGAGCGCGCAGGUCUGCCCCGACAAGACGUUUUCCGCGCUGACCGUGGACGACGUGUACCGGCUGGCCAAAGGCAUUGGAGCCGAGGUGGAGAGGCUCAUCGACGGCUACGGCCGCGAGAGCGCCGAGGGCUUGGUGCCCCGGAUAGUGAAAGCGCUGGAGCUGCUGGAGGGCUUCGCCUCCCGGAACCAGGCUCACCAGCUGAGGGAAGAGGAGCUGCUCAGGACCUUCCAGAGCAUCCAGCUGCAGCAGCAGAAGAAGCGAGGGGCCAAGGACCGGGAAGAGGGCGCCGACCGGAGCGAGCUGCGGGAGCUGCAACAGAAGGAGCAGCAGUGGAAGAGGAGGUGUGAGGAGCUUCAGAUCCAAGUGCAACACCUCCAGGAGGACCGAGAGGAGCUGCAGAGCAGGCUGAAGGGCAGUCACACCAAGGAGGGUAGGACAGAAAAACCUCUCACAGAGAGGAUCCAGGAGAUCGCCAACGUGUCCAAAGAGGCGGAGGCGCUCCAGGAACAGCUGGAGCGCUUCAUGAAGAUGAACGCAGAGCUGCGGCACAAGCAGAAGGUGCUGGAGGCGCAGCUGAAGAGCACCGUGGAGAGGAAGGCCGACAUGGAGGCCGACCUCAAGGAGAAAAGCAAAGAGAUAGAAAAGCUGCUGGCACAGCUGGACAAUGGCGGCAGCAACAGCCCCACCAGUCCGAGUCAGACGGCGAAAGAGUCGGCCAAAAAGUCGGCCACCACCCAGAAGGAUCCCGAUCAGCCGUGCUUCACCAAGAAGGAAGUGCGCGACAUCCUUUUUGAGAGGAAUGAGCUGAAAACGAAUCUCUUCCUUGUGCAAGAGGAGCUUAACUACUAUCAGAGGGAGAUUCUGAACGAGGAACGAUGUCCAGGUUUCCUUCUAGAAGCGGUCCGCUCUGCUAUCAAAAAGAGAAGGAGGCUCAUUAAGGCCAAGAUGCUCGGCAUCGCUGUCAAUGACUGCAGCAGCAGUGAUGAGGACGACAGGGCUUCUCUGUCGGGGCGGACAGAGGUGGACGCCACAGAGGUGGACGGGCCCGACCAGCCGGCCGAGUCCCGGAUACGAAACCUCUUUGGCUUCCUGACGCGGUCGGGGAGCUUCAGGAGCCCCACCCACAUGAGCAGCUCCGCCUCCGGCUGGGAAAUCAUCGGAGACGCCGAGCACAGGGAGGAGGAGGAGGAGCAGCAGCCGCCCCCGUGA